UUCAUCCAGAACUUUUUUCUCUUGACUCCUUCCAUGGAAGACUCGACCCCCCUGAAACAAAAAAUACAACACCAAGAACUUGGGGAAACAGGGCGGCCGUGGGAAGAAAUGGUAACAGCCUCCCAAGAUCCUGAACCUGGGUUAUUCGAGGCCUCAGAGUCGGAGCAGGGGCCGGAAACUGGACCCCAGCCCAGGAGCAGCCCUCCUGGGAUCCCCCAAUCUGGAGCCAGCACGCCUGUGGAUGACCUCGUAGGACCAGGUGUGUCAUCUCCACCUUCCCCAUCUCAGGAGCCCUCUUCCACUCCUUCUCCCCUGGCUCUGGCCGUGCAGGACCUUAUGGCACCAUGGCAGUCAGACAACACCACUAGUGUGAUUUCUGAAGCUGAGACACCUCACUUUGACCAUUUGGAACAAUCAUCUGAUAAAGGAGAAUCAACUCCUCAUCAAACAUGCCAAUCAGAGGGAAACACUUUUCAUCAAUCUCAGCAAAGCAAAUGUCACCUGUAUGGACCGAGGGAUGUGAGCUACAACAACUCUAAACGGAAAGAGCUGAGAUUUGACAUUUUUCAAGAAGAAGACUCAAACAGUAACUAUGAUCUGGAUCAGCCUGAGUCUGGGGCUUCUGAAGUGGCCCCCAGCAUGCUUGAGAUUGCCAUUCAGAAUGCUAAGGCUUACCUACUAAAGUCCAGUAGCAAGUCGGGCUUAAAUCUAUAUGAUCAUCUUUCUGAAAUGCUGACCAAGGUCUUAGAUAAGCGUCCUGAAAAUGCUGUGGACAUCAUUGAAAAUGUUAGCCAAGAUGUGAAGAUGGAACAUUUUAGUAUAAAACUGGAUACACUCCAAAAUGAGAAUGAGAUGCUUCCAGCCUAUGAAAUAGCAGAGAACCAAAAAGCUCUUUUUCUCCAGGGAAAUUUAGAAGGAGCUGACCAAGAAAUGGAAGAUGAAAUAGCAGAACACUCUCUUCCAAAUGUAAUGGAGUCAGCUUUUUAUUUUGAACAAGCUGGAGUCGGUUUGGGCACAGAUGAGACUUAUCGCAUAUUUCUUGCCCUCAAGCAGCUUACUGACACCCACCCAAUCCAAAAAUGUCGUUUCUGGGGUAAGAUCUUAGGUCUGGAAAUGAAUUACAUUGUAGCUGAAGUGGAAUUCCGUGAGGGAGAAGAUGAAGAGGAGGUGGAAGAGGAAGAUGUACCUGAAGAGAGGGACAAUGGAGACAAUGAAGCUGAUGAAGAUGAAUUACCAAGGUCCUUUUACAAGGCCCCACAGUCUAUUCCAAAGGAAGAAAGCAGAACAGGUGCUAACAAAUAUGUCUAUUUUGUUUGCAAUGAACCAGGAAGACCAUGGGUGAAGUUACCAGCAGUUACACCUGCACAAAUUGUUAUUGCAAGAAAAAUCAAGAAAUUUUUCACUGGGCGAUUGGAUACCCCCAUCGUAAGCUACCCACCCUUCCCAGGAAAUGAGAGUAAUUACUUACGAGCACAAAUUGCCAGAAUUUCAGCAGGGACUCAGGUCAGCCCUCUAGGAUUCUAUCAUUUUGGUGAAGAAGAAGGAGAAGAGGAGGAAGAAACAGAAGGCAGGCGAGAUAGCUUUGAAGAAAACCCUGAUUUUGAAGGAAUCCAAGUGAUUGAUCUAGUGGAAUCCCUAUCCAGUUGGGUUCAUCAUGUACAACAUAUACUCCCUCAGGGUCGCUGUAAUUGGUUCAACCCCAUACAAAAAAGUGAGGAGGAAGAAGCAGCAGAAGCAGAAGCAGAAGAAGAAGAAGAAGAAGAAAGAGAAGAGCCUGACUACAUAGAACAGGAAGUAGGGCCUCCUCUCUUGACACCAAUCUCUGAAGAUUUAGAGAUGCAGAAUAUACCGCCUUGGACAACACGGUUAUCCUCAAAUCUCAUUCCUCAAUAUGCUAUUGCAGUCCUUAGAUCCAACCUUUGGACUGGAGCAUAUGCCUUUUCCAAUGGCAAAAAGUUUGAAAAUUUCUAUAUAGGCUGGGGUCAUAAAUACAGUCCAGACAGCUAUACACCUCCAGUUCCACCACCAGUUUAUGAAGAGUACCUCAGUGGACCAGAAAUUACAGAAAUGGAUGACCCUAGUGUGGAAGAGGAGCAGGCUUUCAGGGCUGCACAAGAAGCAGCUUUAAAUUCAACAGAGGAAAAUGAAGAAACUGAGGAAGAUGAAGAUGAGGAAGAUGACUAUGACUAA